AUGCGUACAACGGGGCGUCUGGAUAAAGAAAAACUGAACCAGCCAGUGCAUCGGCGAUCAGUGAAAGCCGACCGAGUCAGACAUGCAGACACCAAACAUUCAAGAGUACGACUUGACAGCUAUACUUCCACUGCACAUGUUUGUACGAUAGCACAGAUAUUGCCACUCUUUAUAUUGAGGCGUAAACGAUAUACGCACAAAUCAGUUAGCGACUCCGACCGCAAUAUAAAAUAUGUAAGCAGGAACGAGCCCUCGUUAUCAGGCGCGCAAGAGCCUAAUCACUUUCAUUGCAACCCUGCAAGGAGGUCGGCGCGGCUAUCACAGCCAGUCGGGCUCGCGCAGUGGGUGCGCGCAGGCGUGCGCCGCUCCGCUCGCCAGCUGAAAUCAGCUACCGUUACUUAUCGCCAUCCGCUAGCCACUCGCCACCGCCACGACCCGGCCGCAGCCGGGAAUGGAGACCUGCUGCGCCAUCACAGCUGCCGAGGACCUUGUGGGCGACCAGAUUGUCCCGGGCGGCGGCCGUUGGGGCGCACCACACACCACCGGCAUCCUCGACUCCUGGUUUCAGAUGCAGGCAAAUUCCUACAUGUAAUAUCUAAGAUAGAAAGUAAAUAUCUAAGAUUUCGACAGACGAUAUUUCGGGCUAGUGUUACGAUAAAUAUUGUAAACAGGGCUAAACAAGCAGAAAUAAAGCUAAAUCGGCAACAAUGA